GCAGCCGCCGUCCCAGAGCCAUGGGGUCGGAGGCGCCCAGCCCGCAGAACCCCGGCUGUAAGAUCAUGACCUUCCGGCCCAGCAUGGAGGAGUUCCGCAACUUCGGCAAGUACGUGGCCUACAUGGAGUCGCAGGGCGCGCACCGCGCGGGCCUCGCCAAGGUGAUUCCUCCCAAGGAAUGGAAGCCACGGAAAACCUAUGAUGACAUAGAUGACAUGGUUAUUCCAGCUCCCAUUCAGCAGGUGGUUACUGGACAGUCAGGAUUAUUCACCCAGUAUAACAUACAGAAGAAACCUAUGACUGUGGGAGAAUAUCGACGCCUGGCUAAUAGUGAGAAGUACUGCACUCCACGCCAUCAAGAUUUUGAAGACUUGGAGCGCAAGUACUGGAAGAACCUCACAUUUGUCUCACCAAUUUAUGGGGCUGAUAUCAGUGGCUCCCUGUAUGAUGCAGAUGUGGAAGAAUGGAAUAUUGGCAAUCUGAACACACUGCUAGACAUGGUGGAACAUGAGUGUGGCAUUAUCAUAGAAGGUGUAAACACUCCCUACCUCUACUUUGGGAUGUGGAAGACAACAUUUGCUUGGCAUACAGAGGACAUGGAUCUCUACAGUAUCAACUACUUGCAUUUUGGGGAGCCAAAAUCCUGGUAUGCCAUACCUCCAGAACAUGGCAAGAGAUUGGAACGCCUGGCAAAAGGAUUUUUUCCAGGAAGCUCUCAGGGAUGUGAUGCUUUCCUGCGUCACAAGAUGACCCUCAUCUCCCCCUCCAUCCUGAAGAAGUAUGGCAUCCCUUUCGACAGGAUCACCCAGGAAGCUGGAGAGUUCAUGAUUACAUUUCCCUAUGGUUACCACGCUGGCUUCAAUCACGGCUUCAACUGUGCUGAGUCUACCAACUUUGCCACUUUGAGAUGGAUUGACUAUGGGAAAAUGGCAACCCAAUGCACUUGCCGCAAAGACAUGGUGAAGAUCUCCAUGGAUGUCUUUGUGAGGAUUCUGCAACCAGAACGUUAUGAUUUAUGGAAACAAGGCAAAGACAUUGCUGUCCUGGACCACAUGAAACCCACGGCUCUGACGAGCCCAGAACUGGAUGCCUGGAAUGAGACAAAGGCAGAGCUGAAGACUAAACUGCUUCGCAGGUCUCACAGGAAAAGGAGUCAACCCAGAAGACAUAAAACAGAGGAUCAGAAGUCUCUUGGGGAUGUCAUGGCUAUGGAAACUACCUUGGAAGAUGUGAAAGUAAAAGAGGAACUGAAGAGAGGGCCAGAUCUAGAGGAGGAGGAGAGAAGCAAAGUGAUGGAUGGAGAAGGUGACUGCAAAGGAAAGGCUCGUCCUCCGAAAGUGAAGGGGGAGAGGAAGAAGAAGCAUCUUUUCCAUCAGCACCAUCUGCAAGCCCCUCAACCUCCCCUGCAGCAGCAGCAGCCGGUGCUGCCACCCCCCCCUGCAGCCCAGCAGCAGCUGGCAGAGCACGAGGUGCCAGCACCACGGCCCUCAGCACCCUCAGCAGCACCCACCUCCUCCACAGCAGACAAGAGCUUGCCCCCGGCCCUCCUGAACAUCGUCCAGCCCUCGGAGGCACCAGCUGAGGAAGAUGACUUUAAACCCCGACCCAUCAUUCCCAUGCUCUACGUGGUUCCACAGACCAAAAAGGUGGUGUUUGACAAGGAGCACAUGUCCUGCCAGCAGGCCUUUGAGCAGUUUGCUGCCCAGAAGAGUCCAGGCUGGCGGGAGCAAACGGUGCCCGUGGCCAUCCCUGUGAAGGAGGAGAAUGCAGAAGCAGAAAACACUGAGAUUGCUCCAGAGGCUGCUUCUGCUUUUUCAAAAAUGAAGAUGGAGAUAAAAAAGAGUCGUCGUCACCCACUGGGGAAGCCACCAACCCGCUCCCCCUUGUCAGUGGUUAAACAGGAGACCUCGAGCGAUGAGGAAACAUUUCCAUUUUCUGGCGAGGAAGAUAUGAGUGACCCAGAAGCUUUGAAAUCCUUACUUUCCUUCCAGUGGAAGAACAGACCACAUAAUUUCCCAGCUGAAAGAAAAUUCAAUGCAGCUGCUGCCCUGAGUGAGCCAUACUGUGCUGUCUGUACCCUCUUCUACCCCUAUAACCAGUCCUUACAGAUGGAUAAAGAAGCUGUCCCAGUCUCUGUAGGGGAGACCACCUCUUUCAUCCACCUUUCCAAGUGUGGACAAAAGACCAAACCUCUGAUCCCGGAGAUGUGCUUUACCUCAAGUGGAGAAAACACAGAGCCUCUUCCUUCAAAUUCAUACAUUGGAGAGGAUGGAACCAGUCCCUUGAUAUCCUGUGCCAAAUGCUGCCUGCAGGUUCAUGCUAGCUGCUAUGGAAUACGUCCAGACUUGGUGAAUGAAGGUUGGUCUUGCUCACGGUGCUCCGCCAGCGCAUGGGCAGCGGAAUGUUGCCUGUGUAAUCUCAGGGGAGGAGCUCUUCAGAUGACCACUGAUGGGCGGUGGGUCCAUAUAAUCUGUGCUAUUGCUGUUCCCGAGGCUCGUUUCCUCAACGUGAUAGAGCGUCAUCCUGUGGACAUCACUGCUAUUCCAGAGCAGAGAUGGAAACUGAAAUGUGUCUACUGCCGGAAGCGGAUGAAGAAGGUGUCUGGUGCCUGCAUCCAGUGCUCGUAUGAGCACUGCUCCACCUCCUUCCACGUCACCUGCGCCCGCGCCGCCGGCGUGCCCAUGGAGCCAGACGACUGGCCCUACGUGGUGUCCAUCACCUGCUUCAAACACAAAGCAGCUAACCAGAAUAUUCCUUUUCGUCGUGAGGUGACCCUUGGACAGACUGUGAUCACAAAGAACAGGAAUGGACUCUACUACAGAUGUAAAGUGAUUGGAAUGACAACACAGACUUUCUAUGAAGUAAACUUUGAUGAUGGUUCCUACAGUGACAACGUUUACCCAGAAAGCAUUAUUAGCAGAGACUGCAUCCAGAUGGGCCCCCCUCCGGAGGGCGAGCUGGUUCAACUGCAGUGGACAGAUGGAAUCAUCUAUAAGGCCAAGUUUAUUGCAGCCCAGAUCAGUCACAUUUACCAGGUCGAGUUUGAAGAUGGUUCUCAGCUCAUGGUAAAGCGUGGUGAUAUUUAUACCUUGGAGGAGGAACUUCCCAAGAGAGUCAAGUCUCGCCUGUCCCUCAGCACUGGGGCCCCUCAGGAAGAUGUUUUUUUGGGAGAUGAAGCGAGACCAGCCAAGCGUCCCCGGCUGGGGAAUUCCAGGAACCCCAAAGAAUACGGACAGAGCCCAGAUUAUUUGGCCUUUAUGGAGAGCCUCUUGCAGACACAGUACCAGCCUGGAGCUCGGAGCAACAUGUUUUAACCAGGAGGAAUUUAAAAAUAUUAAAUUAACUCUUUUCAAGCCUACGGGGGAAAAAAAGAA